UCAGGCCCCUCCGACAGGACUGAGGGUGUGAGGACAAUUCACCCUGCCAUUGGGGUGGUGUCCGGAGGAGCUCAUAGGUGGUCGGGACAGUUAUGCCCGAGCUGACCUGUGAGCCGCGGAUGCCCCGGACUGAGGGAGGAAGAGGCCCUGAGGUGGAGAGAGCUGGACACCAGACUGGACUCCUUCAGUGGAAAACAUUCUGCAGCCAGGAGAGCAUGGAAAAGGAAGGAGAGAUGGGAGGGCCCAGGGGGCCGUGGAAGGGAGGGUGUUUUUAUUGUAAGUGCAGCUGUAAGUGCAAAGUGCAAAGGAACCAGCGACCGGGAAGUGCCUGGGCAGCUCUGGGUGUCCCUCCAGUCAUCUGUAUUCCAGCAUUACCUGCACGAAGGCACACAUUCCACGUCACACCGGAUGCGGGGAAGUCAGCUGUAGCCCGCAGGCGGGGAAUCUUGAAACCCCGGGCACAGUUCCCUGGGAGAGGUGGAUUACAAGGACUCUUCUCUCCUGCCUGCUGUGCAAGAGCCAUGGGCGGCGGAUUCCCCGUUGUUACCAUUGUGGUGACAAUGUAGUCAUUCUUGAAGGACCUGGCCACGGAAUGGGCUAUGUGAAUGAAGAAAGGUAUCCAUUGUGAAACUUCCAGAAAAACGAGCUACAUUUAUCAGCAGCUGUGGCACGGUCCUUGGCAGACCAGGAUGAGAAAAAUAUCCAACCACGGGAGCCUGCGGGUGGCGAAGGUCGUGUACCCGCUGGGGCUCUGCGUGGGCCUGUUCAUCUACGUCGCCUAUAUCAAGUGGCACCGGGUCCCCGCCACCCAGGCCUUCAGCAUUACUGGGGUGGCCCCGGGGACCCGGUGGAGUCAGCAAGCCCAUGGCCCUCCAGGGACAGCUGCACAUGGGCAUGAGGUCUUCUACGGGAUCAUGUUUGAUGCAGGAAGCACUGGCACCCGAGUACACAUCUUCCAGUUCACCCAGCCCCCCAGAGAAACUCCCACCUUAACCCACGAAACCUUCAAAGCACUGAAGCCAGGUCUUUCUGCCUAUGCUGAUGAUGUUGAAAAGAGCGCUCAGGGAAUCCAGGAACUACUGGAUGUUGCUAAACGGGACAUUCCGUUUGACUUCUGGAAGGCCACCCCUCUGGUCCUCAAGGCCACAGCUGGCUUACGCCUGUUACCUGGAGAAAAGGCCCAGAAGUUACUGCAGAAGGUGAAAGAAGUGUUUAAGGCAUCGCCUUUCCUGGUAGGGGAUGACUGUGUUUCCAUCAUGAACGGCACAGACGAAGGCGUUUCUGCGUGGAUCACCAUCAACUUCCUGACAGGGAGCUUGAAAACUCCAGGAGGGAGCAGCGUGGGCAUGCUGGAUUUGGGCGGAGGAUCCACUCAGAUCGCCUUUCUGCCUCGGGUGGAGGGCACCCUGCAGGCCUCCCCACCCGGCUACCUGACGGCACUGCGGAUGUUUAACAGGACCUACAAGCUCUAUUCCUACAGCUACCUCGGGCUUGGGCUGAUGUCGGCACGCCUGGCGAUCCUGGGCGGCGUGGAGGGGCAGCCUGCUAAGGAUGGAAAGGAGUUGGUCAGCCCUUGCUUGUCUCCCAGUUUCAAAGGAGAGUGGGAACAUGCAGAAGUCACGUACAGGAUUUCGGGUCAGAAAGCAGCGGCAACCCUGCAUGAGCUGUGUGCCACCAGAGUGUCAGAGGUCCUGCAAAACAGAGUGCACAGGACGGAGGAAGUGAAGCGUGUAGACUUCUAUGCUUUCUCCUACUAUUAUGACCUUGCAGCCAGUGUGGGGCUCAUAGAUGCAGAGAAGGGAGGCAGCCUGAUGGUGGGGGACUUUGAGAUCGCAGCCAAGUACGUGUGUCGGACCCUGGAGACACAGCCGCCGAGCAGCCCCUUCGCAUGCAUGGACCUCACCUACGUCACCCUGCUGCUCCAGGAGUUCGGCUUUCCCAGGAGCAAAGUGCUGAAGCUCACUCGGAAAAUCGACAAUGUUGAGACCAGCUGGGCUCUGGGGGCCAUUUUUCAUUACAUCGACUCCCUGAACAGACAGAAGAGUCCAGCCUCGUAGUGGUCAAGCCACCCGUCGCCAUCAAUGGCGGUCUGCAUAAACCCUCCUGUCCUGUAUAUGACUUUAUCAGCAUGGGCUUCAGUGGCACUUUCUGCACGCUGGCCCUGGGACUUCCAGAAGGCCUGGUGCUGCCCUGGCAUCAGCCUCUCCCAGUCACAUCUGGCCAAAGGGCUGGGGGCUGUGUCUGGACCUGGGCCCUGCCCAAUACCACCUGUCUGCCUGGGCUCCAGGUGGGCAGGAGCAGGACAGAACCACGGGCACACACAGGUGGCAGCGUGGCUCCCCACCUGUCCCAUCCCUGUGCCUCGUCUGCGGGGCUGUGGCUGCUGCUGUGUUCACCUGCAAUGGGACUCUUGUUUUGUCUCCCAGCCUGUCAGAUUCCUCCCCAGGGCAGAGCUCCCCUUCCCAAGACAGUCUGGGAGAUGGUGCAAGCUGUCCUGGCUGCUCUGGGGAAGCUGAAUGACAGCAGGAUGGUGGGUCUGGGCAGCACCACUGUCAAUUCUGGACUUGAGCAUGUGUGCCUCUUCCUUGGGUGUGAGUGUGUGAGUUCACCCAGAAGCCUGCUCUCCUCAUACCUUGUGCGGUUUUGGGUUAACCAUCGUAGAGAGACACCUCCUCAUGGAUGGCAGGUGCCUGCUCUUCAGGGAGUCUCCCAGCAUGGGAGGAUGCAGGGCCUGAGCUGGCUGCUGUCAACGAUUUGUGGCCGUGCUGCUUGAGUGACAUUCCUGUCAUGUGGGUGCCAAGUGCUUGUGUAGAACUGUGUUCUGAGCCCCUUUUUUUGGACACUGACUGUGUCCUGUGAAUGUAUCGCUACUGUGAGCCGUUGCCGCCCAGCCAGGGCCGUGUCUUAGAUGCAGCUGUGCCAUGGGUCAGCUGAGCUGCAGUCCCAGAACCACGCUCUCAGUGCGGCGUGGGUGCCGGGCCCAGCCUUGCCACGCUGCUUCAGUGAAUGUACAGUGCUUAGCACAAGCUGAACCUCAUGUGUUCUGUUCCUAAUAAAAGGUUGACGGGGCUGCCCCUCCUCUGGAAUUCCUCUCGGUGAGCGACAGCAGCACUUGUCCACCUGGCACCUGAGAUCCCUGUUUACUAAAGCUUAGAAAAAUUGCCAAAGGAGCUGGCAGACGGUUGGCAUAUUUCCAGUCUGGUCAACAUCCCUCCUGAGGACACAGCAGUGGAGGGCCCCUGGAGGCUGGGGCUGGGGACGGUUCUGACUGGUGGCCCUGGCCCUCCCAGCAUCUGUUGAGCACAGAGCUCCUCCCCUGCCAGGCCAGCGACCCACAGCACAGCCAGGUGAGGCCUGGGCACAUCACCUUGGGUGAGCUGUAAGUCCCCAAGUCAUUGUGUUCAGCAAAGAUCUGGUUUUGGUCUGGAAGUGUCCCAGAGGCAUCACAUGCUGGGGAAACUGCAGACUAGCCCAUCCCCCGAGUGCUUGUGCCUGAAGCCCCUGACCAACUCCAAUAGGAGGACAAGAUAUGGUUCCAGGGCCUCCCAGGGCUGCGGCGAAUGCUGACGGAGCCACGUAGCAGAGGCCGGUGCAAAGCAGGAAAGGACAAAGACACAAAGAGGAACAGUUUCCUCCCUCCGAACGCCGGGGCCUCAUAGUGCGCAGGUGCAGGAGAGGGGUCCAGACAGAAACCUUCCUGAGGUCAAAGCAGCUGUAAGCCUGCAGGGCACUCGGGGAAGGGAGGAAGGGAGGAUGGCCACACCCAACCCCAGAGGCUGGAGGGAGACCCUGGGGCAGGAAUGAACCCCUCACAGACCUGGAGCCAGCUAUUUCUGCCUAGCAGUCUCCCCAAAAUGCAAACCUUGGGGAAGAGGUCUGGAGGUCAGCUUAUGACACAGGUCAAGAAAGAGAGCAGGAGAGAUGGUCCCUCAAUAGAGUCAAAAGUCACAUUAGGACUAGGGCUAGGAAGCUUUCUUCUGGUGGGCAUGAGAAGGCCUGUUCUGCCCACGCUUGCUGCCCCCGCCUGGGCUGAGUCCCUGCCAGUGCCUUUACUUCCGUAAUAUACACCAGUUUAAAUAUUUAAAGAACUCCAGAGGCUGAGAAUCAAAGACGCAUAAAGGUAAAGCCAAAAUCAAUUUAGUCCAUUUAAAGAAGGCCGGUAACCUCAUGCCUGAAUAAGGCAGACAACUGGAAGUUUCCCAAAAGUGCACCAAAUAAGUCAUGGAACAUUUCUGGGCCCGGCAAAUUAUGCAAGUCAUUUCUCUCUGAGUGUCUUUUGUGAUAAUGAAGUAGAUUCAUUUGUCAGAAAUAGCUACACGGGCACAUCGUAGCACAUGGCAAAAGAAGCAAACUAGGAUUGCUUGAAAAUUCUGUUCCCUCAGAGGAUGUGUGCACUGAUGAGCUUAAACGUGUCACACGCCCCACACGCUGCCCCUGUCCGCGUGCCCCAUGCUACUUAGCGCCCAUGGCUGCCCACUGAGCUGCCUCAGUCCUGCAGUCCCUGUGUCUGGAUGGCAGGGCCCCAGGGCAGUAAGUUUCAGGGCAUAAGCAGACAUUGCCACGUUUCCUCAAUCCUACUGGACAGGCAUGGGUGCUGGCCUCCCCCAUGUCCUAAAAGUUUAAACUUUACCAUUCUGUUAGGUUAAAAAAAUGAGAACUGGUAGUUUGAAAGUGCUUGGAUCGAAUUCAUGUGGUAUAUCUAAGUUAUAUUUCUGUGAAAUAAUCUGCUUAUAUGCCUUGCCAAUUUUCUAUAAGAUUGUUGUCAUUUUUUUGUUAAUUGUAGAUCUUUAUUUAUUAAGGAAAUUAGCCCAUUGUGAUA